ACCCUCACUACUCCAUCUAUAUCAUCUAUCUAUCUGCCUUGGGCGAUAUUCGGCCCCUAGGAAACUCUAUUCCCCUCCGGCCCCCCUUGCCCUGGAGAUGGCUUUCCCCUGCUCGGCAGUCUUCCAGAAAACUGCACCACUAUUACUUCGUGGACUACCAAUUAUGCCUAACCUACUAACUGCUGCGGCUUACUUUGUAUGCUUACCCUCCCACUGGGUCCCCCCGGUUGUAGCCCACCCACCCCGCUGCCGGCUUUUUGUCCAGCGGACGUCGAGUACCAAGUAAGACUGGCUGCAGGGCUCUCCAUCCGCUAACGGGGCAAUUUACAGCGGCCUUCUGGGGGGAUGGGGACCGUAAACACCCGACCAGGGGUGGCCGUGGCCAUAGUGGGUGCAUGUCACUGCCGCCCGGCACCUAAGACAAAAAAGAGGGCAGCCACCCAAAAAGGUACCAAGCUGCUCUGCUGUUGCUGCUGCUGCUCACAAGUGAGACAAGUCGCCUCUUCUUCAACGCGUCCGCCCUUCCUUCUUCUCCAGAUAAUCCCACAGCAGCUUUGCAUUCUUUGCUCUGACAUCCUCCUCCUCUUGCACUGUUACUCCAACAUCGCCAGCAAGCACUCAACGUCGCAUAGCCUCCAACCCUCGCUGUAUUACCCUUGGUAGUAAUACAACCUGGCCACGGCUUCAAUCCCGGCUCACGUCACCGCCACCUAAACUAGGCCUGCCCGAUAAGCAUUAACAGCCUCAAGGCACCCGCUGCUUGCCGCCUAAAAAAGACUCGCAGUCCGCACUCGCCUGACAUUUUGGUUUCUUUGUUCGCAACAAGUUACGCAAGUGGCUUCCGAUAGAUUCUUCCUUUUCUUCGCUCGACCCAUUUUCAACAGCGCUAGAUCAACCGCUGUAAACCACUCAACAAAAAACCAACAACCAACACAACACACACCAACUCAACACCGCCAAGAUGAAGGGCCGCUCUGUCGACGAGAUUGUCUUUGACCACAUGUUCCCCAAGCCCAAGGUUGGCGAACCCCAAAACUUCCAGGCUUUCCUCCAGCGUCACCUCAUCCCCGAGGUCCGCCAAGAGACACAGUCCUUCUAUGGCCACCUCGACACCCAGGAGGCCAAAUAUCCCGGCCUCGACUACUCCCACCCUACCCAUCGCCUCCGCCUCUCCCGCUUCACCUGGCACCGCCGUGUCUUCCGUGCUUUCGACACUCUCGGCCUCACCAAGCACGAAAUCGCUACACUGACCCGCUGGGAGGGCACCAAAUGGGCCAAGGAAAAGUACGAGAAGGAGCAGGGCAUCGUCAUCCGCGAUACCACCUCCGACGGCUUCCCUAACUGGGUUGAGCCUCCUCAGACUCUCCGCCCUAUCCGCCCUCGUUCACAAGUUAGAGUCACAACCACUGUUUACACCACAAGACGCCAUGAAGACGACAGCGAGGAGGAAGAGGAAGACGAGGAUGAAGAGGACGAGCGCCCUAUUGAGGAGAGCGACGGCGAGCUUGAUGGUGUUGAGCCUGCCGAGCGUGCCCGUGCUGCUACUCCCAGACGCGAGACUACUGCUGAGCCUGCCUCGGUCGACGAGGAGUGGGAGCAGUGGCUCAAGAACGCCAUUGAGUCGGGUGAGCUCACCGUGCUCACCGAGCAGAUGACCCAGCAAAUCUUCCGUGCCUCAUCUGGCUCAUCGCUGAUCCCUGCCGCUCUUAUUCCCCAGGAGAUGCUUACCCUCGCCCGUGCUGGCCAGUGGACGGAAAUCCCCGACUUUAUGCACCCCAUGCUCCGACGUGCCAUCCGCGGCGAGAACCCUGUCCCUCGCAGCAUGGAUGGGCCCAUGAUGGCCUACACGUCACGCAACCAGCUCUCCGCCGAUUCGCCUGCAUCCCGCGUUCGCAUGGCUAGCGGCCGUCGCCCGUACUCGGAUCUUCGCUUCGCUGCUGGCGGCGCUACAUCUCAGACCGCCUAAAAGUUAUCUACGCCUUUUGGUUGUCAUGCCAAGCUAUCUCAUUUGCGUUGGCAAUCUCUCAUCGACAGUGUGCGCCGCUGCUGGCAGACAAAACACACACACGACCAACACUUUUAUUACUUUUUAUUCACCUUUAAAAGCUGCUGAAUGUCGCUUUUCAAACCUGCACAUUAUUCUCUUACUACAACUUUUGCAACGACUUUUGCUGGCAUACAAGCCACAUUUCCAUCCAUCGCGUAUUACAGCAUCAACACGACACGCUUUAUUUUAUUCUUUUUUUGGGUUAGAAGAUCCCUCUCAAGUUGGUUAUUGGCGUUUUCUUUUUGCUAUUAAGGUUGGGGAUUGUUUUGCUUUGAAAUGCACUGGCCGCGACUAUACAUGCUACCACUGGGCAGCGGAUAGACGAUUCGUUUCUUGUUACAGAAAAGGCUGAGUGUCUUUUCUUUUCUUUGUCUUUCUCGGAGUUCUUUGCUCUUUUCGGUCGUUAAAUUUUUUGGUUUUCCCUCUCGGCGAGGAUGAUAGAUAUCUGAAUGAUUACUCAUUUCAUCUCCUU